AUGCCCGCUAAACGUGAGUACAGCCUCUUUGAUAGCAAAAGGCUUUUGACUGACCAUGUGCUUUAUCAAAAGGUUUGCUGCUCAAAGCACGGCUUCUGCGGAACCACUGAAGAGUUCUGCGGUAACAAGAAGGUCAGCAGGCCUAGCUGUACCGUCGACAAGAGCAGCAAAUUCAAGCGUGUCGUGGGAUACUACGAGACAUGGUCUGCCUCGCGAUCUUGCAAUCGCUUCUACCCAGAGCAAAUCCCUCGUGGCGUAUACUCUCAUAUCAAUAUCGCCUUUGCCAGCAUCAACCCCAAGACCUUUGAGAUCGUGCCCGCUAAGAAGGAAGACCUCGAGAUGUACAAGCGAGUCUCUGCUCUCAAAGCCAAAGACCCCAACCUCAAAGUCAUGAUUGCUGUUGGCGGCUGGACAUUUAAUGACCCAGGCCCGACUGCGACGACUUUCUCUGAUAUUGCGAGGUCUGCUGGUGCCCAAAAGAAGUUCUUCGAUUCCACGAUCAAGAUGUUGGAGACCUAUGACUUGGACGGCAUCGAUCUUGAUUGGGAAUACCCCGAGGCCGACGAUCGAAGCGGACGCCCUGAGGACUUUGCUAAUUUUCCGAAAUUCAUGAAAAACUUGAAAGCCGCUUUGAAGAAAUAUGAAGUUAGCAUUACACUCCCGGCCUCUUAUUGGUAUCUUCAACAUUUUGAUCUGAAGGCUCUCUCUCCGCACGUGGACUUCUUCAAUAUGAUGACCUAUGACUUCCAUGGUGUAUGGGAUAAGCCGAACGAAUUUGUUGGACCAUACUUGAACAGCCACACGAACCUGACUGAGAUCAAGGGGGGUCUUGAUCUUCUCUGGCGCAACGGUGUCGACAAGGACAAAGUUACGCUAGGUCUCGCCUUCUACGGACGCGGCUUCAUCGCCAGUAGUUCUUCCUGCAUGUCCCCCGGUUGUACUUACGAGUCGGGAACGUACGCUCAAGCCUGCAGUGCCGAAGUUGGCGUGGCUCUGAACUCAGAGAUUGACCAGCUCGUUUCCGAGCAGGGGGCCAAGGCAACACUGAACAAAGAUGCUGCCGUCAAGAUCGUCACCUGGGGCGGCAACAACUGGCUCACCUUUGACGAUGAGGAGACUCUUCGCCUCAAAGCGGACUACGCUCGCAGCCUAUGUCUCGGCGGUGUUAUGGUUUGGGCCAUCUCGCACGAUACCAGGGCUGGAAAAUAUUCCAUGGCUCUGUCUCGUGUCGCUCCUAGACUAUUCACUUCUGAAAUGGCUACGGAAGAGGACGAUGGCUAUGUCACCGAUGUUGAGGAGCACAAACAAUGUCGAUGGACCAACUGCGACGAAAAUUGCCCUUCAGACUGGACUCGUAUGAUGCGAAGUGGUCCAGGUGCAGGAAAGAACGAGUACAUGGUCAAUGGGGCAGGUUGCGGUGGUCGUGGAGAGCACAAAUUAUGCUGCCCUGCCGGUAACAAGCCAACCUGCGGAUGGUACACACACAACAAUGGCGACUGCGAUAGUGGCAAAUCCUGCCCCAGUGGCUACAAGGAAAUCGGCAGCAACAACGAGUACUGCCACUCCCAGGUGGAAACCGACAACAUGAAGCUAUAUUCUCAAUGUGACUGGAGUGCAAAGGUUGCUUCGAGCACCUGGCCAAGUUGCGAAAAGGCUACCUGCGGUUCCGACGUUAUCGCGUUCUCCGGUGACGGUAGUGGUGAUGCAAUGUGCUGGGGAGCCUGGUACAAGGGAGGCAUGGAAGAUUCAAAGAAGAACAAGUACUGCUGCGACCAGCCUGAAGAAGACAAAAAGUGGAAGGAUUGUGAAUGGCAAGGCAUGACAGAUUGGACAGAUGAAGACACGGGCUUGAAGUUCUGCAACCCAUCAUGCUCUGGUGGCCUUACCAUGGUUGCCAUGGAGCACACGGGAUGCUCAGGCGGUGGUGCCCGGGCAAGGUGUUGCAAACCUGGUUGGACAACCUCAACCACUCGGUACGAAAACAGUGAAGACGAAUACUUCGAGAGUUACAUCAAGUGCACGCUUGCCAGUCGUCAGAUUUGGGGUAUUGGCGACAUCCAGAGCUUUGCGACAGAGCAGUACAUGGAGAAGAUGGUUUCGGAGCUCUUCAUGGGAACACCGCGAGAGUCCACAAAGAGCAUCUGGAACAACACGAUGCUGUCGUACUCUGAGUUCAAUAGUCUAUCCUACGCCAACCUCCACGACUACCAGCAGGCUCAAGGGUACGACUACUAUCUUCAGCUGGGCACGCAGUGGCCCCGAUACGUCGUCUGCAACUUAGGAAGCAUUAAUGCUGCCAUCAAAGGAGGCGAUGGCGAGGGUGAUGGUUCCUGCACCAUUACUUGUGCGUGCACAAGAGAUGACUGUUGCGACGAGGACGAUGAUAUCUGCAUCAACUGGAGCAAGGAUGGCGAGACGACAGCUCUGCAGAAGAGAGGCGAAAAGAAGUCUUAUCCUUGGAUUGCUAUCGAUCCUGCCACGGGUGCUCAAGCGAGUUUGCCUUGGAACGCACCAUCGUAUCCCUCUCCUGGUGACUUGAACGUGAACACGGAGAGAACCCAUUUGGCCGAUGCCUGGAGAUACGACCCAAAUUGUGCCAACUUCGAUCCAGUUGUUAUUGAUCUCCUUCCCAACGGGCCAACGGGUACAAUGAUCAAGGGAUAUGAGAACGACCAUCCUUUUGAACGCAAGAUGCCUGCCAUCUGGGGAGAUGAUGCGCUUCUUGGUCGGCUUGCCAACGGCGUUGGUGAUUCCGAAUUUAUUGUGCCUUUUGACUUCUUCACUGUGUCGUUACAGCAGACCAAUGCGGCAGGUCAAACGAUUCAGAACAUGUUGAUGAAUACGCUUGGCAGUAAGACGAAUCGUGGGGUAAUGACCUUGAUGAUCAAAGACGCGAAUCUGCUCAAGGAGAAGCUGUGGACACUCAGGGACGAUCUCGUUGCCCCCACGAAGAUGGAGAACCUCGUAUACGGGAACUGCCCGAAAGACGCGUUGGACCAGAUCAGAAAGGUCCUCUCCGUCUACCGUUACCAUCUGCGUCCAGCGUUCCUUGUCAAGCUCAAAAAGGUCGUCAAUGAUUUCCGCGAUCUACUACGGAUUGCAGAGCAGCAUUACGCAAGCACUCACGGUGGCGCCAGCCCGAACGCCGUAAACCAUUUCGAUGAUUGGCUCAGGACCACUCUUGAGAGGAUGAAGGAACUCACUGAGGAAGUUGGCAACCAAUGGCUCCCUGAGUUGGCCCGCAACCCUGCCGUUACUGGUAAUGCCGUCGACAACUCCAUCCGCCAGAACUUGGUGAGAGCCUUCAGCAGCCUUCCGGAUAUUGACACCACGGGGUUCUUCCCUUGA